CAAAAUGUUAAUUUACAUCUGUCAGGUUUUAUACGUCUUGAAUGUUUGUUUAGCAUUUCUCAUCACGGGUUUUGGUUUUUCUAUUUUCUUGUUAGAAAUAAAACUCUGGUUAAUGACCAUCAAGAAAAUCCAAGAAAAGUUUCCAAGGAAGAAUAAAGAAAAGAAGAAAGAAAUGAAUGAAUGUGCCUUUUUGGACAAUCAGCAAUCUUAGAAGAUGUCCAUAUCCCAAUUAGGAAAUAAUGACACUAUGCAUUUAUCUACUCGAAUUCGAUAAAGGUGGGGAAAUGGUGUAAGAUGACUCUCUUGAGUCUCAACAAAAUAGCCCCAUAAUUAGAACAGCAUAGUUCUUGUUUUUAAAGUUCUUUCAAACACGGGUUCAUCAUCAAGAUUAUGUUUGUUUGAAUUUUCUUUGUCUUAGGCUGUUCAGCAUUUCAUUUUCUAGGAUAUCACCGUUUUGUACUGGAUUUCCUGAAUUUCAAUUGGUUGGACGGAACCGGGAUUUAGGGGUUGGUUUGAAGGUGAAGUAGAAGUGGGGACGAUCGAGGGAGCGCCUCGAGAUAUCAAGUCUACUGUGUUUAGGCUUCCUAACAUCAUGACUUGUUAAUUGAAUUUAGUUAAUUCCGCUCUAAUGACAUCAGUUUAUCCGCAAAUAUUUUUACUUAAUUUUUGCAAUCACUUUCACAAGUGUCUUAGUGAGAAGGGGUAAGAAUUGCUUAAGCAUAAUCCUUUUGUUAUAAUGCGAUUAAUUUAUAGUUACUUGAUUAUGGCCUUAUUGAAAAAUAUAAAGAAAUCCAGCAGGCUUUUGUAUUUUUUCCCUUUGAAUCCUGUGACUUGUUAAAAGUUUGGUCCAGGAGAAGGUGUGGCUUAAAAUUGGCAUCUAUGAUUCAUUGGUCCUUUUUGUGAAUUAAAGUAGUCCAUUUAUUUUCAAGCAAGUUGAUCUACGUGAAAAAUAAAAAAUAAAUAACAAAAUUUGUUACUCAUACUUUCUUUGUCUAUUGGGAUAUAUUUAUGCUAUUGAAAAUUUUGAUUGUUUUUUCUUUCUGGAGGCACAUCCAUAGAGUAGAUUAAGAUGAUUUGCUUGUUAUUUGAACAUCUAUGAUAUCAUCUUGCAGUUCAUUGAACAUGCAGUUAUGCCAUCAUAGUAUAAGCCGAUCUCAAGAAGUUUUGAACGCUUAAUAAGUCUCAUUUUGACAAUUGGGGUAUCUGAAGAACUUCCGUCAGCUCCAACUUAUUAUUGUGAGAACUGCUACCUGCUUUGAUGGGCUGCUUUUAUUCUAAAAAUCCACAGCCAAUCCCGGGUUAUGAGGACCCUACUAUUCUUGCAUCCGAGACGCCCUGUGAGUAUUCAGAAUUCACAGUGAGUGAAGUUGAGGCAUUGUAUGAACUAUUUAAGAAAAUAAGCAGCUCAAUAAUCGAUGAUGGUCUCAUUCACAAGGAAGAGUUCGAGCUAGCACUCUUUAGGAAAAGAAACUGGAGAAAUCUGUUUGCAGAUAGGAUAUUUGAUUUAUUUGAUUACAAACGUAAUGGAGUGAUUGAAUUUGGAGAAUUCGUUCGAUCAUUAGGUGUGUUUCAUCCCAACGCACCAACUGCCGACAAAGUUGCCUCUGCAUUUAGAUUGUAUGAUCUAAGGCGCACUGGAUAUAUUGAGAGAGAAGAGUUGUACGAGAUGGUAUUGGCACUAUUGCACGAAUCAGAUGUUGUAGUUUUAGAUGAUGAGGUUGAAAUGAUUGUUGACAAGACAUUCAGUGAAGCUGAUACCAAAGGUGAUGGAAGGAUUGAUCCAGAAGAGUGGAAAGAAUUUGUAUCAAAAAAUCCAUCUCUUAUAAAGAAUAUGACUCUUCCAUAUCUAAAGGAUAUAACAUUAGCAUUUCCUAGCUUCGUGCUGCGCACUGAAGUCGAAGACUCAGAAACGUAGUGUCGUGGUUAGGCCAAAAUAAUUAAUCAAGAGUCUCGUCUACCAAUCUUCAAAAGCAACAUCCUUUUAGAAGAAAAAGAUUCAGUUGAUGCAGUAAGAAGAAAUUACAUCAAGAAAGAAUUGAAGAAUCGAGUAAAAUCUUCGUUCAGUUUGCGUGCUGGUUCUUAGAAUAUUGAUGCAAAUCAAGUGUAUGAAAGCAAAGGUUUGCAUAAUUAGACGAGUUAUGUUGUGUAGUCUAGAUUUCUGAGAUAGCAGUAGUUUUCACUGUUCGAAUACCUUGAUUCCGUGUUUGAUUUUAACUAUGUACUUUCACCCUAUCGAAGAAAUUGGAUAUUCGAAUAUAGCAUCAUUUAUCCUGGAGGAAAA